AUGGCAGCUCUACAGGGGAAACUUCAGGCUAACAGGCAAAUAGUGGUCCUUCUUCUCUUUCUGUGCGCGUCUGAGAGUGACGCGGGCACAGUACGGUAUUCGGUGGCUGAAGAGAUGGAGAGCGGUUCCUUUGUGGCCAACGUAGCCAAGGACCUGGGGCUGGAGAUCGGAGAGCUGUUGGCCAGAGGGGCGCGGCUAGUUUCAGAUGACAGCAAGCAGCAUUUUCGACUCCACCGUAAGACUGGAGAUCUGUUUGUGAAAGAGAAGUUGGACCGGGAGGAGCUGUGCGGGAAAGCGGACCCGUGCGUGCUGCGCUUUGAAAUCGUCCUGGAGGAGCCGCUGCAGUCCUUCCGAGCCGAGGUAAGGGUUUUUGAUAUUAAUGACAAUGCCCCAGUGUUCCCAAACCACGGGACACUUUUAAAGAUCCCUGAAAGCACUCCUUUGGGCUCUCGGUUUCCUUUGCAGAGCGCGCAGGAUUUGGACGUGGGGCUCAAUGGCCUUCAGAAUUACUCUCUGAGCGCCAACGCCUAUUUUCAUUUGCAUACUCGUUUCCGCAGCCACGGCCCUAAGUAUGCGGAACUCGUACUUAUUAAACCCCUAGAUCGAGAGGAGCAGCCCCAUGUCAACUUAACCCUCACGGCAGUGGACGGCGGCUCCCCGGCUAAAUCUGGAACAGCUCAGAUCCUCGUCGUGGUUCUUGAUGUCAAUGACAACGUACCUCAGUUUUCUCGGUUGGUGUACCGCGCCCAGAUCUUGGAGAAUAGUCCCAAUGGUUCUUUAGUAAUCUCAGUGUCCGCUACAGACGUAGACGAGGGCACUAACCGGGAAAUAGCAUAUUCUUUGGCUCAAAACCCAGAAGGAAUUCUCCAGACUUUCCAUAUCAACUCUGAAAAUGGAGAAAUCCGACUCCUAGGGCCAGUGGAUUUUGAAGCUGUUGAGAAUUAUGAUAUUGACGUUCAAGCCCUUGAUGGUGGGGGGCUGUCUGCUCACAGCAAAGUCCUGGUGGAAGUGGUGGAUGUGAACGACAAUGCCCCGGAUGUACUGGUCACCUCCAUUUCAAGCCCGAUCCCAGAGGACUCUCCACUCAAUACUGUCGUGGCCCUUUUUGGUGUGCGAGACCGUGAUGUUCGAGUAGGAGGGAAAAUCACCUGCUUCCUUCAAGGCGAUUUCCCGUUUGCCAUCAAACCGACAUUCAGAAAUUCCUACUCCCUGGUCACUGGAGGGGCCCUUGAUCGCGAGAAAGUGCCAGGAUAUAACCUGACCAUUGUAGCAAUGGAUACAGGGACUCCUAAGCUGUCCACAGAGACGAUCAUCGAAGUGCUGAUAUCCGAUAUUAAUGAUAAUCCCCCUGUGUUUAAGGAGGCGUCUUAUACCAUGACUGUCAGAGAGAACAACAGCCCCGCAAUUUUUAUUGGCCAAGUCCUCGCUGACGACCUAGAUUCCGAGGAGAAUGCCAAGAUUGCUUAUUCACUGCUUCCUCCCGAAAGUGGCGAUCUCUCUGUCUUCUCCUAUAUCUCUAUUAAUUCGAACAAUGGGAAGCUCUAUGCUUUGAGAUCCAUGGACUACGAAGCUAUCCAGGCCUUUCAAUUCAUAGUGAAGGCUGUAAAUGGUGGGCCCCUGCCUCUGAGCAGCCAAAUCACCGUCCGAGUAGUUGUCUUGGAUGUCAACGACAACCUCCCAAUGAUCUUGUACCCGCUGCAAAAUAGCACUUCGCCUUGCAAUGACCUAGUGCCCAGGGCAGCAGAGGUGGGUUACUUGGUGACCAAGGUGGUCGCUGUUGAUGGGGACUCUGGUCAGAAUUCCUGGCUUUCUUAUGAGCUGCUCAAAGCCACAGACCUUGGGCUGUUUUCCGUGGGACGGCAAAAUGGAGAAAUUAGAACCUUGCGACUGAUAUCGGAGAGAGACCACAUGAAGCAAAAAAUGGUCAUUGUGGUUCGGGAUCACGGCCAGCCUACCCUUUCUACCACCGCCACAUUGAACAUUCUGCUGGUGGAUGGCUUCUCUGAUCCUUAUGUACAGCUUCGGGAUCAGUCCAAGCGGGAGAGGAAGACAAACCCCUCCACUAAAUACCUGGUCAUUUCCUUGGCUGUGCUUUCCUGUCUCUUUCUGUUUUCAGUAACUGUAAUCUUUCUCAUUCACAUAUAUCAGAAGAUCAAAUAUCGAGAAAAACGGUUUACUACCUCUGAGCACUUCUACUAUGACUGCAGUUUCCCUGGUCAUUUGAUAGAUGGACAGGGUGCAGAGACUCUGGAUCGGGUCUGUCCUUAUGAAGUGGGCUCGGCUACUGGCACUAAUAAUAGUGAAUUCCGGUUUCUCAAACGAUUCAUGCCCAACUUCCCAGUUCCUUCCGGUGUGGUAGAAAGAAAUAAGGGAGAAAGUGAAUCCCAUUUACCCUCCAACUUGGAUCUGGACAACCCAAGGAGGUCAGAGGGCUGUCCCAGAAUGUCUGAUGAAUACAUGUAA